GGAAAAUAAAUCAUAGUACCACUUAAAAUGAUAAAAUGAAAAAAAAAACACUGGGAGAAAAUUAUACAGUGUGACAGACUCACAUGAUUACAAGCAUACCCACCGCUUGAUUUUAGAUCAACGGUGCACAUUUGAUCAGAAAUAGAUUCAGGGGUUUUUAUUUCCUUCUUCCCUUCAUCUUCCUUCUCUUUGCCACGCUUACGCCAGAUAAGCGUUCCUCCUGUGAAGGGAAUCCGCUGCAGAAACUUGAAAGACGCUUAGGAGAGAGAAACACACAACAAAUACCAAAAAAAUUGCAUUUUUUUUUGUUUUUUAAAGUUUUUUUUUAGCUCUUUUCUACUGUAUAAUCUGAUUUACCAGUUUGUUGUGGUUUGUUGAGGAUGGCACAUAGCGCUAAUGAGGUGUUAGGGCUUGAUGAAGCUGGAAAUUCUGCCACCAGUAUAGAGAUCAAAAUAAAAACAAUGGAUUCCCAAACAUAUACCUUGCAGGUGGAUAAACAGAUGCCUGUACCUGCCCUGAAAGAACGUAUUGCAUCUGUGACUGGUAUUGUAACAGAGCAUCAACGUCUGAUAUGUCGAGGAAAGGUUCUCAAAGAUGAUCAGCUGUUGUCUGCAUACCACGUGGAAGAUGGUCAUACUCUGCAUCUGGUAGUUCGAGAACCAAAUGCAUCAUCAUCUGGGAGCUUGCCUGCCGAUCCAGGUGUUGAUCGGUCUUCUAGUGGUAGUCGCGGUCAAUUUUAUCAAGUUGCUCCGGGUAUUGUUGUUGAAACUUUCAAUAUGCCUGGACAAGGGGACAGAGUACUUCCAGAUGUUAAUCGGAUCAUAUCUGCUGUUCUUGGUUCUAUUGGCAUUACAAAUCAUGGAAAUGGCAAUGAAGGAACUGGUACUAGGGACCCUGUUGAUGAUAGACCUGGAGAGGCUCCUAUUUUAGAUGGUACUGCAGAUACAACCCACACACCACCUGAACAAUCUGGGAUGAGAAACUCCAAUGAUAGAUCUAGGCUGCAUAACGCUUUUGGGAUUCCUGCUGGACUUUCAUUUGGGUCCCUACAGGCACCGGUAAUCCCUGAUGCCCUUGCGACCUUAUCCCAAUACUUAAGUCAUAUGAGACAGGAAUUUAGGGACAAUGGAAGGACUAGUGAAACUGACAACGAGGCUUCUCUGCAUGGGAAUGAAGGUGGACCUAGUUCCUUGGCACAGUCUGAGAGUACGCAGGAAGGGCUUCCUUCGCCAGCCUCACUAGCAGAAUUGUUGUCAGCUACAAGGCAGAUGCUCCAUCAACAAGUGGAAGAAUGUUUGCUUCAACUAGGAAGGCAGCUUGAGAAUCAAGAGAAUAUGACAGAGCCAGCAGCGAGGGUAACUGCUCAAUCUGGCGCAUUGAGAAAUGGGAUUCUUCUACAAAAUCUAGGUGCAUAUUUUCUUGAGCUGGGUCGUACCGUCACAACAUUGAGACUUGGCAGAUCACCUUCAGAAGCUGUAGUCAAUGCUGGCCCUGCAGUUUUUAUUUCUUCAUCUGGGCCUAAUCCACUUAUGGUUCAGCCUUUGCCAUUCCAGCCUGGAGCAAGUUUUGGUACCCCGCUUUCGGGAUCUUUACAGUCUAGCUCUGGUUCGAUGAGUGGUAUUGGUUCUGGUUUUGUUCCUAGGCGUAUAGAUAUACAAAUACGAAGAGUUGGCUCGUCAACUCAACAAACUGAACCUUCUGGAUCUAGGCAAUCUUCAGGCCAAAGGAAUUCUACAACUAAUGUCAGUGGAGAGGCACCAAUUAACCAAUCUUCUACUGAGACUUCUGCUGCUCCAUCUUCAAAUACUGGGUCGGCUGUUCGUAUUCUACCUUUCAGGACAAUGAUGGCUGCAGUUCCUGACCUAAAUCGCUCACCACAAGACUCUUCUAGUGGAGCAUUAGGGAUAUUAUAUCCUGUUCUUGGAAGAUAUUCAGGCAUACCCUCUGGAAAUCUGAGCAGUAGAACUGGAAAUCAAGUGUCAGAUGAACAUCACUCUAGUGGUGUCCAAACUCAGCCGCAUGGCAGUUCUGAAUCUGCAGGUUUGCAGCAAAAUACUGAAGGUCUUGCUGGAAAUGGAGGGGCUCCAGCUUCGACCGCUGGACAAAGGGAGUCAGUUUCUUCUCGUACCAUUGAUAUCAACAUCUUGUCGGCAGGAGGAAUCCAGAAUGAUCAGAAUUCUGACGGAGAGGUCCCUCCUGGUAUUCUUCAACUCCUGAGAGGACUCUUCCCUGGCGGGGAGAUCCAAGUAGAGAGUUCACAGGGAACAGGCACGGGAUCAGUUACAGAGCAAGAAAGGACUAGCAGCGCGGUUGCACAGGAAGCAGAGCCGAUGGUCACCGAGGAAGGAAUAUUCUUGUCAAGAAUGCUUGAACAAAUUAUGCCUUUAAUCUCCGAGCACGGAGAUGGCUCAACUUCUUCAACUCCAGCUGAGGAUAAUGAAGUUGGGACAUCAAGGCGAGGAGCUGAUCUAAAUCCUGGUUCAAAUCCUAAGCGCCAAAAGAGGGAAUGAGCUGCUACACAGGAAAGUUGUGUUUAAUCCUAAGACGCGCAGAGAUAGAGUGGACGCGGUUAGCAUCGUGAGCGUUAUUACUGGGGAACACAGGAUCACUUUUGAGUUUUUUGAUGCUACAUAUACUUCAUGGGAAGCAUGCGCAAAUUUACUAGGCUAUUCUGGUUCUUUUUUGGUCUUCGUCCUUGGAACAAUUUAGGCAUCCGAAGAGAGGUUUUUCUUUUCCCCAUUUUAUAGUAAUUUUUGUUUACUUUAGUACUCCUGUACAUGCAGUGCACAGAUAAUACAGAGUAAUUACAUCUGUCAACCCCUCCAUCUAUAUUUGAGGCUAUUCAAAAUCAAUUUCUUCAAAUACAUUUUCUUCA